UAGGCAAGCAUUGACCACAAGCAUGAGAAUAGAGUAGGGAGAAACACUUCCAUUUGGCAGGGGGUGGGGGAGAAACACUACAACUCCAGAAGAGCAUGGAGGAUCUAGAAGACGAAGCAACAAAUGGAUUAAACGAUUGGGAAUCUCUCCCCUCCACCCAUUCCAACAACCACCACUACUACUCUUCUCACAAUCUCUCUCCUCCCUCAAUUACUACUUCCCACAACCACGACCACCACCUUUCCAUCUUCCCGCCCAUCAACCACGAAGGCCUCCCACCACCACCACCACCACCAUCACUGCCGCUGCUACCUCCACCGCACGCGCCACUCUCUUUCUCCAAUUCCGACUCUGAUUCUCUCUCUCCUUCUCCACCAAAACGCCGCGUUUACAACCAUUUCAUUAAUUGGUUUCAUUUUGCAAUUCGUCUUUAUAAUUCUAAGCUCCUUUCUUUUAUUACUCUCCUCCGUUCUCGUCGGAUUUUCUCCUUUAUUCUUCCUCUGGCGAGUACGGCGUCGUUUUUCGGUCUUUUCUGGAUUUGGGUUCGUCGUAGGCGUAGGUUACGCAGUAAUGAUGGCAAGGAGAGUGUUGAGCGUUUGAAGGUUUUAAUUAAGGAAAAAGACGAGAAGAUUAUUCAGCUCUUGGAGCAGAUUGCUGUAAUGAAUAAGGCAUUGCUAGCACGAUACAGAAUUCCAGUUUUGAGGGCUAGCUGAUUAUUCUGAAAAUACCAUUAGCUGAGUUUAGGUAUGUGGCUGUGUCUUUAGAUGCACCAAUCUCAUGUGCGCAAAUUUGUUAUAUAUAUUCUCAUUCAUUAUGUAUCUUAUGCAUGAACUACAAACUGGCCACAGUACACAUAAGCCUUCAUGUGUAUAUAAAAUUUGAUUCAUAGUGUAGUAAUGUAAUUCUUUAAUGUCCCUGUGCUUGUAAUACCAGUGUUAUUGAUAACCAAUAUUGUAGUUUGUUGGAUGUAAUCUUUUUUAUCAUUAUAUUGAGCUUAAUCUUACGCUGA